CUUAAGGUGCAAUCCUGUAAAUGUUUCUACAGAAAGAAGUCCUACAACUCCCAGCAUUUAUUUUUAGGCAUUUUGGUGGUUGCUCGAGCCGUCUCUGGGUGCCUGUCCGUUACGAGAGUGGAGUGAAUGUAUUCUAGGAGAAAGUCCGGGAAACGCCUGCGAGUGGAAGAAUUGUGAGGCCUUACAUACUUUUCUUAUUUAGGCUGAAUACAAGAUUCCUUGGAGGAUAAAACCAUAAUGGAUCCUAGCAGUGAUUACAAGUUCCUUCAUGAUAUUCUGGGGAAAACUGUGAAAAUCACAUUGAAAUGUGGCACUUUUCAAGGGGUGCUGCAACAUGUGGAUUCCAGCCAAAGUAUCUUUUUGAAUAGAGUGAAGAACUUGGAAACUGGCAGACAUGUACCAGGAGUAAAGAUGUUUUUUGGCCAUGAAAUUGUUAAUGUGGAAUUGUUUGAUGACCUAGAACAGCAUGCUGCGGAAGGAAAGGCGACUCCCACCAGGCCCAGGGAAGUGGCAACUACGGUGAAAUCUGCUGAGGACAGAGGAGAACCGCUGAAGCAAAGCACUCUGAAUCUGGAUGCUGUCUCCCAGGAGAGGCAGCAGCUCAGUUUGCGCAACAUCAAAUAUACCUUUUCAGAUGAAGACAAAGGGAAGGACAUAGAAUAUGUUGUUAUCGAUCAGUUCCAGGGGAAGUUUGGUUCUGCUAUGAUGCACAUCAAAAAGCAAAAUGUAUGUAGUAUAGCAGCAGAAGGUAUCAGUCUGUGUCGUCAUGGAAAACUCUCUUGGCUGCAAGUUGCAACAAGGAGUCACGUUUUCCUAUUUGACAUUUUCCUUCUGGGAGCUCGAGUGUUCAAGAAUGGACUCCAAAUGAUACUAGAAGACCAGAACAUUUUGAAAGUUAUCCAUGACUGCCGGUGGCUUUCUGAUUGUCUUUCUCACCAGUAUGGAAUUAUGCUCUCCAAUGUCUUUGACACACAGGUUGCUGAUGUCUUGCAGUUCUCAAUGGAGACAGGUGGCUUCCUUCCACACCACAUCAGCACUUUACAAGAAUGCUUAGUGCGAUACCUGGGGAUGUCCUACGAAAGCAUUUCUUUCAUGGAACAAAGGCAGCGUGCAAUUGAGAAAAACCCUGAGGUAUGGUUUGUGAGACCCCUUCCACCUGCAUUGUUGAAUGUGUUAGCUCUGGAAACAGCAUACCUCUUACCCCUCCGCCUGCUGCUACUCGAUGAAAUGAUGUCUGAUUUAACAACUUUGGUGGAUGGAUACCUAAAUGCAUUUCGGGAAGGAUCUGCAGACCCCUUGGGGAGCACUGAGAUCUCUUGCAUGGAGCUACCACAAGAGCUAAGACAAAUGGCAGAUUUUCAGAAGAUACGAAGAGAGAAUGCAGUGCGGAAGUUCCAGCAGAAUGAGGAAGGUCUUCUCAUCAGAAAACAAGUAGAACAUAUGAGAAGAAAUUUAGCAGAAGAGGAAGGAAACAAAAAAGAUUGCACUGGCUUAAUUCCUUCCAACAGGGCAGAAUCGUCUGAAAAAUUCCAUGCAACUUCUGUCCAUCUCUGGGACCCAAUUGCUCAGGGCAAUUCUGAAGAAGAACAACAAAAGGCAUAUUACUGUGAUAAUCAAGAGAUCACAUCUGCUGGUAAUGUAGAAUCUGAAAUGGAAACAAGAGGCCCAAAUAGUUCUUAUUGUUGCAAGUCAGAAUUGGAAGAGACUGAGGUGACGGAAAAGAAACAGUCUCCAACAUUCAAACCACAAACAAAGGAUGGUCUGACUUUAGAAGAAGAAAUCAAGCAAUUAUUGACAGAAAACAAGAAUGAAGAAAAGAAACCUCCUGCUAUUUCUGCCCUUUUACCUCCAAAGAUUAACAGUUCUCCUCGGUUCUCAUUUAAAGCUGUAAGAUUACCCUUGAAUCCUGUAGAUCUGUCUUGCCAAACCCCAUCUAACAUUGCACAGUAUCAGAAUCCUGUUUUUCAAACAACCCAAGGCUACUAUCCACCAGUUGCCAUAAGACCUAAGAGGGGAAAAAGUGAUUUGGCAAUUAACUUUGCCAUGCCUUCAGAAUUUGGCUGCCGAAUGUCAACCCCAAGAACUGGAGACAUAUAGCAGGAACUACUUUCAUUAGAAUUCCUGUGUUGCCAACCAUACUGUAAGACUUCCAUUACAGAACAGAAAUUUGGAGCAGAUGUAGGAUUGCAGGUUCUUUAUAUUGCUCUUGUGUAGAAUCACCACAUGUAAACACAUCAGAAGUUACUAGCAUUAUUUGUACCUCUGUAGACGGGUCCACUAUUUUAAGAUUUCAAAAGACUAUUGAUCUUUGUUAAAUCAGAGUAUUCCAAAUUGUCCAAAUAAAACUAAAGUUCAUACAUAUUCCAGUAUUGUAUGACCUGGAUCUACAGUUCUCACCCCUAGUUUAUGGGAUGUGACAUAUUACAUUCAUUACUAUUAAUGUCCUAAGCAUUUAUAUUAGUUGGUGAUUAUUAAAUAUUAACCCAGGAUAGUUAGCUGUUUACCCCAAAGACAAUAUUUGAAGUAAUAUAUUUGGAACAGAUUUUCUUUUCUGGAUUGUGAAAUUUCCCCUAGAACAAUAUAGAAAUUUAUUUAUUGCACAAUUCCAGAAGGGUAGCCAUGUUAGCUGUUGCAGCAAAAACAACAAUCUUUUGGCAACUUAAAGAUUUAAAUUUGUACAAUUUGAGUGUUUAAAGUGCCACAAGUCUCCUUGUCAUUUGUACUGCACAAAGUACCCACCAAUAACAGCAAUAUUUGUUCAACAUGCCCUUUUAAGAAGGGAAAGAGAGCUACAUUUCUAGUAAAUAAGUACAGACUGCUUCUGACUAUCUUUACUUCGAAGAACAUUCAACUUAUUUCAUUUGGACAUGGAUCCACAUAUGUAGGCAAAGGAUUGCAGCCAUAAUUUGGUUAUGUAUAAUAUAAGGUCAUUUAAACAAAUUUAUGUGCACUACACCAACUGAGAUGCAGUAUUGAAUAACUGUCCAGAUUUCAAAAAUUACUUUCUUUUGUGUUUGGAAAAAAAAAGAGAUGCAAAAGCCUUGGGGGGAAAAGAGAUUCAAAAUGGCCUUGAAUCAAGUGGCAUAAUAGCAGUAAAACUAUAUUAAGAAUGUGAUCCUAAGCUCACCUACUUGAAAAUAGGCCUAACAUUUAUUUAGGCCUAUUAGGGGGUAGAAUUGAGCAAAUUUAAGUUUUUAAAAUGUUAAGUAUGUACAUUUCAGAGAAGCAAAUUUCUCUUUAUUUUUUGAGAGA